GAAGCAAAUUCACGAUGACAAUAUUAAAAGGCAAGAUGCUAACGACCCGAAUAAGGUUGAAGGUUUAUUUACUGGUGCAUUGUUUGGAUUUAAAGUUACAAUAGAGAUAGCGGGUAAACCUAAGUUCCUUUAUGAUGAAGUGAAAGAAGAAUAUUAUAAAUGGUUGGGCGGUUCGGGAAUUGAUGUUAAUAAUUGUCCCGAAAGGUUAAGACAUUUUUUAGUUGAGGUUAAUGAGAUAUUGGAGGGACGAGGGGAUAAAUUUGAAAGGGAUAUAGCAAAUAGAAAGAGAGAGCAUGAGUCUCUCAAAGGUAAAUCUCACAAAGACAUAAAGAUUGAGAAUAAUUUUGCUGGUAGCGGAGAACAAGUUAAAAAAGUUUUUCAGGAAAUUUCAGGAAGAUAUGACUAUCAAGGUUUUCAUUUUUUACCCCAAGAUGAUGAUAGAUCCAGUGUGGGAGUAGACAGUUCUAAUGUUUCUCGGGGAAUUGAUUUUCAGCAACGGCCGAGUUCUGUUAUAGUUCGAAAUGUUAAACAAGAUCCAAAUCAUUGA